CUUUAAUUAAAAAAUGGACUACCGACAAGAAUCCCUCCUCGGGCGACGUGGUCCAAUAUUAUUGGAUGUCCAAUAUGCAUGGCCCCACCAGAAGACUUCAGUCACCCACUCUUACCUUUUCAGGUACACAGACUGCAUUCUUUCCCUAUCAAAUGAGUGGCAAUGGCAAGUGGAUGAUGGAUCCUUACAUUGAAUUAUUCGUUAUGAUUCAUCUUUAAAUUCAGAUUUCAAAAAUGCCCAUAAACUCAAACGAGUAAUCAGUAGAAUUUAGACUCAAAACCAGGACAUGGAUCUCAAGAGACAAGGCUAGAGGUUUGGAAGUUCUCAAUGAUAUGAUUUGCAGUUGAGUGUUCUAUAAUCUCUUUUUGAUAACCAAUCAUAUUGAGAUCUUACUGGAGGAAGUUGCCUGAAUUGAAGCCUGGUUGAGGACAUGGGAGAGGUAAGAAGCUCAAUGGAGAUCCUAAGUCAAGUGGACUUGGACAUGGCGUAUUCUUCUGAGAAGCUGGUGAAUCUGGGCAGCCUGUUUGUGACUGUGAUGACCAAACAAGAUGAAGUUGAAGCAAUGGCAGUUGAAAAUGACGACUCUCCGGAUGCCGUUGAGAAAGCUUUGACAUUACACCACUUAAGUGCUAUUCUCAAGGCAGAGUUUAGACAGUUGGAUGAUUUCGUGAGUAAUAUCCACGAUCUGAUUCUUGGUGCGCCAGAAAAGAUCUCUUCCUGUGAGAGAUUGAGUGAACUGGAUACAACGGCGGAGCACAAGUUGCAAGAUUCUGAAGAAUCGUUGGGCCAAUUGAAAGAACGUAUUCUAAGUAUGAAGAUUCAGCUAGCCAAUCCGUCGCUGAUUGGCUCUUUAUUUGAUCAAGAUGACUGGAGACAUGAAUUGGCUUCAAAGCCACAAGUGCAGAUAGCAGAGCAAAAACGUCUUCUAAAAAUGUUGGGGAAGUCUCUUGCAAGAGAGCUAGACCUCGAGAUGAAAAUGAAGUUGAUGAAACAAAACGAAGAUGAUUUUAAGGAGAAGCUCAAGUUGAGAGAACACAUAGCUUCAUGCAUGGAAGAAGCCGCAGAGGUAAUAUGGGGAAGGUUUUUGGAGGCAGACAAUAUAGGCGAGGUGCUCAUGGGCAUCUCAAAAGAUAUUGCAGGUCAACUUCGGAUAGCGAAUCUCAAUCUAAACGGUUCCCAUAAAAGAGAAAACGAGAUUCGAUUGAAACUUCAAACUUGCAUGGAGCACUCAAAUACUAAAGAUAUUGUCAUUCAAAAGCUCAACGAAAGCAUUGCAUACCUUAAAGAUGAAAACGCUCAAGUAGUGUCCUUGCAACAGAAAAUUGAAAAGCUAGGGCAAAACUUGAUGGCAUCUGAAUCUCAACUAACAAGGGCAAAUUCGUCAAUUGAAGUGCAUAUUGAGCAGAUUAAUGAAAUGGAGAUUGAAAUAGAAUCUCUAAAGGAAGAAGUCUAUCAAUUGGAGAGUAGGGCUGAAAGUGCUGAGGUAAAAGUCUCGCAGUUAACAGAAGCAAACUUGGAGCAAAGUGAAGAACUGGGUUUCCUCAAAGACAGCAAUGAUAAUAGUGUAAAACGAGUGAGCAUACUUGAAAAAGAGAUGAGGGAGCUUGACAUUCAACUUCAGAAUUAUAAAGCAUCUUCUGAAGCAAGUCAAGAGCAGCAGAACAUGUUAUAUUCUGCCAUUUGGGAUAUGGAAACGCUGAUUGAUGAGUUGAAACAAAAAGUUUCUAAAGCAGAAAACAAGACAGACAUUGCAGAGGAGCAAUGCAUUGCAUUGUCAGAACUUAAUUCAGAGCUCAACAAAGAAAAAGGUAUCCUGAGGGUCAGAUUGCAAGAUAUGGAGUCAUCUUUGAAUCAAGCUAAGGUUGAGAAAAUGGCGAGUGUGAAAGACAUUAACAUUAAGACAAGUUUUAUAAUGGAUUUGGUAACGCAACUAACUGUAGAACGAGAACGGGUGCAAAAACAGUUGUGCUGUUUGAUAAAGGAAAAAAGAUUGUUGAUGAAGAAGCUAGAGAUGGUCAAUGAACCUGCAUCUGCUACCGUUCUUGAGAGCAGAGAAGCUGAUAAUAAAGAGCACCCACUUUCUACACACCAAUUUGCUGGAGAUGCUCCAUUGAAAAUGCCAAUUGAGUCCUCUUUGAGAAUCAAUGAGGUGGAAGAUCAACAUGAGAAGUCCUCUUACAAUGAAACUGGGAAUGGGGUGUCAUCUUCUUCCACCAAUUAUCAUCAUGAGGAAUAUUCAGUUGUAGAGGAGAAAACUGUUGAUGUCAUAGAGGCAAAGCAUGGUCAGAGCAGAAGAUACAUAUUCAUUGCAUUACUCGUCUCACUGCUCUCAGUAAUAGCACCAUUUUUAUACGGCCGAGAAAAAAACUUUUGGGGUAGUUAAUUUAUGGUGCCUGAGAUGUUUAUAUGUUGUAACUUGUAAGUACAAUUCAUGCAAAUGUUUGUACAGCAUAAUAUGGGGUAGUAAGGUUUGUUUUUAAGGGCUGCAAAAAGAAAAUGCAACUACAUUUUGUAGAUUUGUACCAUUUGAGGACUAGUGAUUUGUUGGUUGCAAGCUUGCAGCAUGUAUUAUGUGAGUAUGAUCUUCAAUUGAAACAGCGUACAUGUAAGCACUUAUUUAUUUAUUUACUUGUUUGAUUGUUUGUCGC